UAUUUCACUUCCAGUUCCUGUUUUUCUGAACGCUAUCAACUACCCCUUCGUGAAAUGAUCAUUGGCUUUCUUUUCUAGUUUUUCGCAACUACUAGCGAUUAUUCUUCUCUCUACCUUUAAGUAUUUUUUUGGGCCAUUUAGGUCUCGCGGAACAUGAUCGUAUUUUCGAGGAAGAAGCCACGUGAUAUGUUGUAGUACCACUCCUGAAAGCUUCGUCAGACGACUGAAGAUGUUUCAAGGUUUCGCGAGUGCUUUUGGUACAUCGGUGCCGAGCUUCACCGGUACUGCGUCGGGUACUAGCGACGCCUCCUCUUCCAGCAACAGCAAGGCCAAUCGCAGCGACGGCGGCACGACCGCGACAACUUCUGGGUCCUCCUCGUCUACGGAGCCCGCCGAAAGGCCGUCGAACAGCGGCACCCUGUUAGGGUCUCUCUCCUCCACGUUCGGGAAUUCCAGCACCCGUGCAGUUCCCAACUUCGACUUCAAGUCGUUCGCCGAUGACGCCGCGAAACUGGCGCAAAAGACCGCAGCAAACGCGGCUGCUAAGGCGCGCGAGGCUGCGCAGCUGGUGCAGGAGGAAUACCGAGCGACUUUUGAGGAGCAGCUGACAAAAAUUGUGGAUGUGAUACCAAGGAAGCUGCUUAUCAUGGAGUUUCCCGCCAAAGAGGACAACAAGCUGGAGCGGCUGGCGAACAGGCUAAACCGGAGCCACGGUUCCAAGUACUUGGUGCUCAACAUGAGCGAACACUCCUACGAUACCAAGCCGUUUCAAGGCGAAGUGAUGGACGUGCGUUUCCGUGGACUGCCCAGCCCACCGCUGGAACUGUUUUUCAAGUUGGUAAUCAGCGUGAAGCAGUGGCUUGACACCGGGAAAGAGCAUGUUGUGGUGGUACUUUGCGAUGAUAAUGCUUGCUUGUCGGCCUAAUUUCUCAUCUACGUCUUCGUUUUCUAAACCUUUUCAAUGCAGCUUUCAGACAGCACGAAGCGAAGCCCGCAGGACCAUUUGCAACGAGAGAAACGUUGUUGCGUGUAAUAAGUCAAAGAUAGGACAACGAAAACCAGUACAGGUCCACUGCUUUUCCGGUUUCACGCGGAGUGCGAUGUUUUGCGCGUGCUACUUGUACUGGUGCAGCUACUGUCAAUCAACGCAGCGGGGCUUAGAGUACACUCUGCGGCGACUAAAGGUGCCGAGCCAGAUCCUGCCCACGCAAAAGCGGUACAUGGAGUACUUCGAAACAGUUCUCACAGACGGGCAGAAAGCCGCGGACGCCCCGAAAUAUCUCACUCGCGUGCUUAUCACGGGCAUACCAAACUUUUCCAAUUCCGGAGGCGGCGCCGGAGUGGCGCAGCGCCAACAAGCGCUCGGAGCUGCGACGACGCCGGCAGGAGAUGUUGGAAAUAAAAGCAAAGCAUCGAAUGCAUCCGCCAGCGAGACUACCGAGCAGGGCAAAGUGGCACCUUUUGCAGCAGGAGAUAAUUCAGAUGCCGGUGGGAAAGGAGCGCAGCAUGAGUCCGCUUCAUCGUCAUCGACAUCGCAGGAUAAAGCCGCGGAAGAUGCACAAGCAUCCACUGCCAGCAAAAGUGACAAGGACGAAUCCAAACUUGGUGACUCGGCCUCUUCCGCAAGCGGCAGCGCGUUUUUCGGAAAAAUGAGCUCCACGUUUGAGACGUUCCGGUCCUCCUCCAAAGAGAGCGCGCCGAAGCUAUUUUCGAACUUUCAGAAAGACUUUUCCAGUACGUUCAAGAACUUGCAGAAGGAAGUUUCGACAAGCAGUGCGAAGAUCUUUCAACAGGUCACCACCGCCGCCGCAGCUUCUCCGCUGAUGACCACCGGAGGGAAUAGUUUGCAAGGAGCAGGAGGGGGAGGUUCAGAUCCCGAGACAAGCUCCACCACUUCAGCCGCGAAGGAACCGAUAUUCGUGCCCUAUCUAGGUACUUCCAUUUCAGGAAAAUGUCGUUGUCACAGUGAGUCUACCGUCGUUGUCACAUUCCGACACACGCCUACUACACUUUGUAAUACGAAAAAAAGUAAAAGAGUACGCAAAUUCUGCAGCAAAUUCAGUACAAAACUUCUGCAGAAAUCUGGCACAAGGAGAAGAUGCUGUAUUCCUCCUGGAAUUCGCUGGAUCCCGCGACAAGCCCCGCUCAGGAGUACUACACCUCAGACUCCUGUGUACCCUUCACACUCAAAGACGCGGAGAAAUUCCUUUGUCCCUCGCUAGACGGCGACGUCCUGGUGCGGGUGCGGCACUACGACAAGAAAACUAAGCAGAAAAGCUCCGCGUUUCGCCUAGGUAGACACGUAUUUCUAUCUUCUGCGCUUGGUGUUGAAUUGCAAAACACGAAUGCAUGGUAAACGUAAAGCCGGGCGCUUUGUGGCCAUCUACAGCUAUGGCACUCUGCUCUCGGUAAAGAUAAUGGUUGUAGCUAGAGCUACAUCGAUCUUCAUCUUCAUCUUCUUCUUCCGAUCAAAGCGUGUGUAAAAAAGCGAAAAUGACGUCGUUGACUAGGUUUCAACACAAACUACGUGUCGGGGAACUUUCUGCAUUUCCCGAACACGGAGCUAGACACCGCAACGAUGGAAUUUCCGCGGGACGGCUUUGUCGACCUCUUCUUCGAGGAGGACGGCGCCAAGAAAAAAACCAAGGAGACUCUGUCACAGGAGGCCGAAGUGUUCCAGCGCGCCCGGCAGCUCUUUGAGGAGAUCAAGGCCGAGGAAACGGAGAGGCUAAGACAGCAGGUUUUGCUGGAAAAGGAAAACAAAAACAUCAAGGGCCGGAUUUCGGCGCACCUCGCUGGUACGUGCUGUGUUUGGACUGAAGAUGAAAUGGGUAUCUAUGAAAUGUGGGAACGAACAAGACUUGCGAUUGCCGUCGUGACGACUUAGCACACAAACUAGAGUGUCAGAAGAAUAGAAAGUAGGAAAUUCAAAAUCAAAGCAAAAACUGCAAACAAAUUAAAAACAGGUGAUCACAGCAGCGACGCCGGCUCGGUCGAGGAGCGCAUGCAAACAGAGGAGGAGUUCGACCGGCUACAGCGACAGCUGCUCGAGGAUGCCGAACUGGAGCAAGGUGCUGGUGGUGAAGCCUCUCCCACGAUCCAGAACUUGGAUACGACUGAUAUGUACGAGAUGAGCUGGGCGCAGCCGGGCGCGAAAGGCCAGAAGGGCGACGAGAGCCGCGGUGGGAAAAAAGAAGAGGCGAAAUCUGUAGCAGGAGGUGGAGUGACCGAAAAUCCAGCUGCUAGCAGUACAACCACCCCCACUUCAGCCACUGCAAGUGGAUCCGCGGCGGGAAACGUUCAGGCGUUCGAUAUGACGACGCCCAAGAGUGCGACGUCAACUCCGGAAAAGAGUGCAGAAGAAAAAACCGCGCCACCACCACCGCCGCCGCCCCCCGCGGUUGUCGCAGUAGAGGCGCCCGCGGAUGAAGUAGCACCACCUGCAGCGACAAGUAAAGUAGCCUCGUCACCAGGGGCAGGGGACGAGGACUUGCUCGACAGCUUGAUGCAAGACACCACCAGCGCGCCCAGCCCCGAAACUGCCAGCGCGGAAAAGAAAACCGCAAGUGCAAACGACGAGCUAGACGACUUGCUUACGCUCAUGUAGUGAAACAAGAAAUCUUGCAUAGCAAUAGCAUACUACUAUAACUUUAUAAGGCGCAUACGAGUACGGGAUACGAUAGGAGCAAUUCCGUGCUGGUAAGAAAAGAAAUGAUGAGGGAUGCAGAU